AUGUACGCCUGCUGCCUUCUGGCGCGCGUGGACAUCACCGAGGGCGUUCCGCGCAACGCCGUCGUCGGCUACUGCCCCGACUGCUUCUCCUACCUCCAGCCGCCGCGCUCCUGGCUCUGCGCCGGCCCGGAGUCCCCCGAGUUCCUGCAGAUCCUCCUGCGCCGCCUCAAGCACCCGCUCACCUGCCUCCGUAUCUUGCUCUCUCGCGUCGAGUUUGUCUUCUCCGAGCCCCACUUUAAGAGAAAAGGCCAGAGCCCGACUUUAUAA